AGCAAGCAAGAAGAUAUAGUAUAUGAUAUUAUGACACAAGACUCUCCUGAGAAAAUGCAGAGGAUAAUGCUAAUAAAAUAUUAUAUGAUAGAGCAAGGCAAAAGAGAAAAAAAGAAAGGAGAAAAAGCUAGCAAGAAGAGAAAAACUGAAAAGAGCAAUAGACAGAUAAGCAACAUGGAAAGCCAAGAAGAUGAUAACAUGUCAAUAGUAUACAUAGUUCAACUUAUUCACAGAUUAGAGGAAAAAGAUGCCUGUAUAACUUAUGAAGGAAAAUUUAAGUAUACAGAAAAGGCACAUAGUAUACUAAACCAAAGUAUUAAUAGAAAGACAAAGGAGCAAGAAGAAGAGGCAAAGAUAAAGAAACGAA